UGUGUGCCAGGCUGCACAGAGAGGUUUGUGGGUGACAGCCAGAGGGGCCUGUAUUGCGACUACAGCACCAGCUACCCCGGAGGUAGUGGAGAGUGUGUCAGUGAGUACAGUGCUACCCUGUUAACCUUUCACAGGUCUGUAGAGGUCUGUUUGUGCUGUCAUGCCAACUGUAAGAUAUAUCUGUUUGUGCUGUCUUGCCAACUGUUAGACCCAACUGUGACAGCCUCGACAACAACAUUUACCCAGACACCAUAGCAGUAGGUACAGUACUCGAUAGACGAAAGGCAAAUAAGACUUCAACUUUAUCCUAUUUGAAUGAAUAAUUGGGUGACACAUGCUUAAUUUGCAUAUUUCCAAAUGCGCGACCAAGAUGCAGGGCUCAUUCGCUCAUCAAAAUCAUGACGUUCCAUGGUCCAAUUAUAACUUGCACAAUGCAAGAACCUCUAGGGUUAAGUUGAGGCAUAACUCCUGUUAAGGUUAGCAUAAUGCUGUAUGAAAGCUUAAAAUACUGUAGAAAAUCCUCUGCCCUCUGCCUAUUGGCUACUUAGCUUAUUCAAACUUGUCUCAAAAUACUACAAUGUCCCUUUAAGGCAGUGCUUCUCAAUUAUUUUCUGUUACGCCCCCCCUAGGAAGAAGUAAACAUUUCGCGCCCCCCAACUCUCCGCCGCAACUGUAUAUAAAAUAUAGAUCAACUUACAACAAAGAAUAAACGUUAUUAACAUUGUUUUUUAGUCUGUAACAGAAAAUACUAAAAGUGCAUAAAUUUGCCUGAAAUUAAAAAAAAAAUUAAAACCUUAUUUAAACUGUAAUUUUUUUUUGACCAUUUGAUACUGAAAAAUAAAAUAAAAUAUAAUCAAUAAAUAAUAAUACAUUCAAAUUGAUCAGCAACAUUAACUCAGGAGCACAAUAUAUGAAACACUUUGACCUAUAAAACAAAAAUGAAUAAAACAAUUUGUGCUGAUUAUUAUUAUUUUUUUAAUCAAAAUGAGGAAGUCAGGAAUAAUGGCUACAAUGAGCACGUUUUGCAGUGCACAGCUUUUCGAAGCGGGGUUUGAAGCAUGAUACUGCAAUUCUCAGCUCCUGCUCAAUGUUUAGCUGGGACCUGCACUGCAACAGCAGAGAAGCCAGUCUCACAAAGAUAAGAUGUUGCAAAAGGAAGAAGAAUGCCCAUGGCCCUCUGCCCUAUGAGUGGAUGCUGCCUCUCUGCACUCAGCCAGAAUUCACUCAGUGUCUGUGAUGUGAACCUCAGUCUCAAUGUGGAGUCAGACGUCAUAUCAAUGAACUGGUCCUCCUCUGCAGAGCUGAAACCAGUUGGAGCCAACACCCAUUGCAAGCUUUCGAGUGAAAGAGCUGAUCUUGUCUGUGACCUGAGGGAGGUGUUUAUCUUUCCCUUGAAGCUGUAGAUUUAGUUCAUUUAGCUUUCCAAAUAUGUCACUCAGGUAGGCCAGUUUUGCCAGGAAGUUCUCAUCACCAAAUUUUUCUGCGAGGUCAUACUUGUGCUCCUGCUCCGAAAACAUUCUUAUCUGCUCUCUGAGCUCAAAAACUCGGGACAAGACUUUUCCUCGUGACAGCCACCUUGCUUCACUGUGAAACAGCACAGCUUGAUGUUCAGCUCUCAUCUCCUCACAGAUAGCAGAGAAGACUCUUGUUUUUAGUGGUCUGGUCUUUAUAAAAUUGACUACACCUACAAUGUCAGUCAUAACCUCACUUAAUUCAGAGAAAAGGUGCCUUGAUGCCAGUGCUUCUCUGUGUAUAACACAGUGUGUCCACUCAGCAUUAAGUGAGGCCUUCUUGAUGAGUGCCCGAAGUCCUUUUCUCAUCCCUGCCAUGGUCUGUGCACCAUCACUGCAAACACCAAUGCAGUUCUCCCACUUUAGCCGAUUCUCAGUCAGGAAGCAGUCCAGCAUUUUGAAUAGCUCUUCAGCUGUGGCUCUGUCUCUGACAUAUUUACGAAAAAGUAGAUCCUCACACAGGGAGUUUGUCAUGUCAAAACGUACAUAAGCGAUAAACAAACAGUCUUUGUUGCUUCAUUGAACUGUAAGGCAAAACGUUUGUCUUUGAGUUUAUCUACCAGCUGUUCUUUAAGAUCGUUAGCAAUGUCAUUUAUACGUCUGGCGACAGUGUCAUUGGACAGAGGGAUAGUUUUUAUUUUUGCAGCACUUGCGUCAUCCAGCAUGACAGAGACCAUGUCUAAUGCUGCAGGCAGUAUCAGCUCCUCUGCUAUGGAGUGUUUUUUUUGCACUGAGCAAUUUGGAACGCCACCUUAUAUGAUGCCAACAGUGCUCGCUGGUUUACUGAAGUAGCAUUCACAAAGCGGGACGAUUGUUUGCAAUUUUCGGCACGUUUUCGCUGAAAACUCAAGCGGCUUAUCAGCGUGAUUGGGGUGUAAUGUCUUUAAGUGACGCCUUAAUUUAUUUGGCUUCAUGCUGUCCGCUGCCAACAUUUUUAGACACAGUAAACAUACCGGUCUUUCCUCGUCUCCCACCGUAGUCACAGUGAAGCCAAGCGCUACAUACGCUUCAUCAUAUUUCCUCGUCUUAGCAUUCGGGAGACUUACGUUUGUCUCAGUAUCUCCGUCUCUCUCCGCCUUUCUUUUCAUCCCUGUUGAAUAUUUUUCCAUGGUGUCUCCUAAGGGUUUGUUAUCUGCACUUCAUAUCUCCUGCUCUGUGCUGUGUGCUCUUGUUCGGUGCAAAAAAACCCUACUCCCUGCGGCAAAAAAAAGCAUGUUCCCCAGGGUCACACGCGCCCCCCCCGGCAUCGCUCCGAGCCCCCCCAGGGGGGCGCGCCCCACUAUUUGAGAAGGACUGCUUUAAGGCAAUAAAACAUUGUUUUUAAAUAUGUCUAGAAAUGUACACAUUUUGUGCUCUUGUAGGAAGCAAUCACUCCCCUAUUGCUGACUACAAAUGAUCUAUAACUGGGCUAAUAACUCACUAACUAGCAAAGGAUAUGAACAAAAUGUGCACAUGCAGCUCUUUAUUUGAUCUCAAAACAAGCCAUCUACUCACGACCACAGCUGUAAAAACAAGCGCAUCUGCUCAUGACCACAGCUGUAAACAAAGUCCAGUUCAAAGUAAAUGUCUAGAUGGUCUAAUUGCACAUAGGCCUACUGCAGCUCUGAUUGGUUAUGCCGCACCGGUCUGUGUAGAGUACGGGUGUGUGUCAAUGCAAUAGAAUCCUACUCAGAUGUGGUCCACCUAUGACAAAAUCUCUUGUGUUGAAAGUGGCUAAUAUUGCCUUGAUUCGAUCACAAUUGCCACAGUAAAGGGAAACGUUGAUAGUGUUAACACACAGGGAAAGCUCGAGAAAGUUGACUGAAGUCCAAUCUCAUGCUUCUCUCUGUGGGCUGAUGGUUCUUCUGCGCUCUGCGCGGCAGGGGAGCUGCACAGUUUAGAGGGAACAUUGCUCCCAACUACCUUGUACAAACAUCUAGAAAGGAAGCCUAAAGCUGGUGAUCAGGCUGACCUUUCCAUCAACUGUCCAUUUUCUUUCCAAGAACAAGAUUUUUAAAAAACAACAACUACAGGUUGGCAAAGUAAAAUCAAUUUGAGCAUCUACAAAUCAUCUGUAGGGGCCUUUCCAAAUAAAGUGGUCCGAAUAUGCAUAUUUACUUUUCUUUCAUUAAUUCAUAUCACAUGUAAUUCUGAGUUAUUCCUAUUAUUUACUCACAUGUAACAUAUCACAGUAACAAAAUACACAGAGAACAGUAUCCCUUGGUCAAAAUGUUGAAAAUAUGUAGCAACAACUUGCUUAAAGUCUUGAAAUAACUUUGGUGCUGCAAUGAGAUUUACAUGUUGUUUGCCAUGAUAAACAUCCUGAGGCUCACAACACAGAGGAAUGUGGAUGCAUUUCAGCUAUUUCCUUUUGGACAAAAGGGCGCAGUUCCAUUGCACCUGCAUGGCAGUAUUUACACAGUAGCAUUCCAGUUGAGAAAUAACAUCAUUGAAUAAUUUUGACUCUGUUUUUGGUUAACAGUUUAAUUGAACAGGGUUUUACAUAAAGCAUUCAUAACACUUUUAUGAAAGCAGUCAUAACAGCUUUAUGAAUGUUACAGUAUCAUUCAUAACAACGUUCUUAAAACAUGUUAUGACUGGUUUCAUGAAGGUGUUAUGAAUGCCUUAUGCACAGAUACCCCCUUCAAGUAAAGUAUUUCCCGUUUUUGCAGCUAGCCUACUGUAUAUGCUUCAAAGGCGUGUAGUGUGUGCAAGGAGUACAGUAGUUACAGCACAGCAGUAGACAGGCUGUAUUGAAUCCUGCAGUCAAAUAUAGUAAAGCAUUUGAAACCACAAUAUUCAUAUUUAAAACCUCUUAGAUGUAAAGAACCUGUUUUGGGGACCUACGUGGUUCCGGUACCGGUUCCGACCAACAUGUUCGCUUAUAAAUCGAUCUGUGUAUACCAUAUAUCGAAAUGGCUUGCAUUGAGUGGUCACCCUGAUUCUCACUCGCACAGCAGGAUGGGAAAUCUGACACCACUUGAAGCUGGGAUGUCCCUCCUACCAUUUUAAUUCGCUCUUCAACGCCUGUCUGAACCAUACGUCACAGCCACUAAUAGAAUCCUUACGUCGUAGCGCAGCAGGAGAGAGUGCUUUCGUCGCUGUAGCACAUUCAGAGAUCGAUUAAUAGCCAGUAAUCUGUUUAUCAUAGACGGAUGAGGUUAAAAAGAGAUGAAAGGCGAGUUCUUAACGAGUUGAGGAAGCCAAGCUAGAGCUAUGUGAGACGUUCUCAGCGACAGGGGCAGACGUUUUGCUCAAGAGAGACCAUCAGAAAAUAUGUACAAAAUAUGCACUGAACAUACAAAUAUGUAUUUUACAGUUAUAAGGAUAAAAUAUUUUAGUCAGUUGUUCUAUAAUUUGAUUAUACUAUAUUUAAAAUUCAAAAUACACUGCUCAAUAAAAUAAAGGGAACACUAAAAUAACACAUCCUAGAUCUGAAUGAAUGAAAUAAUCUUAUUAAAUACUUUUUUCUUUACAUAGUUGAAUGUGCUGACAACAAAAUCACACAAAAAUUAUCAAUGGAAAUCAAAUUUAUCAACCCAUGGAGGUCUGGAUGUCACGCCCUGGCUCUGGGGACUAUGUUAUGUUGAGCCAGGGUGUGUAAUUCUAUGUUUGAUUUUCUAUGUUGGGCUGAGUGACUCCCAAUCAGAGGCAACGAGUGUCAGCUGGGUGUCUCUGAUUGGGAGCCAUAUUUAACUGUCUGUCUUUCACUUUGUGUUUGUGGUUUCUUGUUCAUUUCGGUUUGUGUUAAACUGUAGACGUCACGUUAUCGUUUUGAUCAGUAAUAAAAGGAUAUGUUCACCUUCAACGCUGCGCCUUGGUCCUCAUCUCUAACCAACGAUCGUGACACUGGAUUUGGAGUCACCCUUAAAAUUAAAGUGGAAAACCACACUACAGGCUGAUCCAACUUUGAUGUAAUGUCCUUAAAACAAGUCAAAAUGAGGCUCAGUAGUGUGUGUGGCCUUCACGUGCCUAUAUGACCUCCCUACAACGCCUGGGCAUGCUCCUGAUGAGGUGGCGGAUGGUCUCCUGAGGGAUCUCCUCCCAGACCUGGACUAAAGCAUCCGGCAACUCCUGGACAGUCUGUGGUGCAACGUGGCGUUGGUGGAUGGAGCGAGACAUGAUGUCCCAGAUGUGCUCAAUUGGAUUCAGGUCUGGGGAACGGGCGAGCCAGUCCAUAGCAUCAAUGCCUUCCUCUUGCAGGAACUGCUGACACACUCCAGCCACAUGAGGUCUAGCAUUGUCUUGCAUUAGGAGGAACCCAGGGCCAACCGCACCAGCAUAUGGUCUCACAAGGGGUCUGAGGAUCUCAUCUCGGUACCAAAUGGCAGUCAGGCUACUUCUGGCGAGCACAUGGAGGGCUGUGCGGCCCCCCAAAGAAAUGCCACCCCACACCAUGACUGACCCACCGCCAAACCGGUCAUGCUGGAGGAUGUUGCAGGCAGCAGAACGUUCUCCACGGCGUCUCCAGACUCUGUCAUGUCUGUCACGUGCUCAGUGUGAACCUGCUUUCAUCUGUGAAGAGCACAGGGCGCCAGUGGCGAAUCUUGGUGUUCUCUGGCAAAUGCCAAACGUCCUGCACGGUGUUGGGCUGUAAGCACAACCCCCACCUGUGGACGUCGAGCCCUCAUACCACCCUCAUGGAGUCUGUUUCUGACCGUUUGAGCAGACACAUGCACAUUUGUGGCCUGCUGGAGGUCAUUUUGCAGGGCUCUGGCAGUGCUCCUCCUGCUCCUCCUUGCACAAAGGCGGAGGUAGCAGUCCUGCUGCUGGGUUGUUGCCCUCCUACGGCCUCCUCCACAUCUCCUGAUGUACUUGCCUGUCUCCUGGUAGCGCCUCCAUGCUCUGGACACUACGCUGACAGACACAGCAAACCUUCCUGCCACAGCUCGCAUUGAUGUGCCAUCCUGGAUGAGCUGCACUACCUGAGCCACUUGUGUGGGUUGUAGACUCCGUCUCAUGCUACCACUAGAGUGAAAGCACCGCCAACAUUCAAAAGUGACCAAAACAUCAGCCAGGAAGCAUAGGAACUGAGAAGUGGUCUGUGGUCACCACCUGCAAAACCAGUCCUUUAUUGGGGGUGUCUUGCUAAUUGCCUAUAAUUUCCACCUGUUGUCUAUUCCAUUUGCACAACAGCAUGUGAAAUUUAUUGUCAAUCAGUGUUGCUUCAUAAGUGGACAGUUUGAUUUCACAGAAGUGUGAUUGACUUGGAGUUACAUUGUGUUGUUUAAGUGUUCCCUUAAUUUUUUUGGAGCAGUGUAUAUUUGUUGCAGGUGCAUGGUAACAACUGAAUAACGUGAGAAAAGUGAAACCCGCACGCUGCUCUUGAUAGUAUCACUGUUCUUUAUUAAUAAUAUGCCAUUUAGCAGACGCUUUUAUCCAAAGCGACUUACAGUCAUGUGUGCAUACAUUUUUACAUAUGGGUGGUCCCUGGGAUCGAACCCACUACCCUGGCGUUACAAGCGCCAUGCUCUACCAAUUGAGCUACAGAGGACCACAGCUUUACGUAUCGGCUUCUUGGCCGUCAGAGCUUUUGUGAGUGUUUUUAAAUAUUAUGCUAUAUUUAGAAAGAAUAUAAGUCAUUUCAAGCCUUAUUCAUACAGUUUAGUUGAAUAGGAAAUACGUGAUAUAAAAUAUUUCAUAUUUUUAGCAUAUUUGUACUGUGUACUUGAGCUUGUGUCCUGUGACUACACCUCAGCAAUUUAUAAAAUGUUUUAUCAGAAAGGUGAGAUUUUAAUCUUUAUUGGAGUAUGAAGCAUUACUAGUUAUUGUUUAUGGCCCUCUCAUGAUAAAUAAUUACUUUUGGGGAUUAUGUAGAUUACAUUCUUUAUUACAUUUAGUUACAUUAACUGGUUAAUUAACAAGAAUUGUUUUUAAUUCAUUACUCAUAACAUUUAUUUUGUGUGUAAUAGCAUAGCCAUAUCCAACCACAAUAACAUCACAUUACAAAUCCCAUGAGUAUACAAAUGGCCUAAAGGCAUCACAUUGCCCUUGUCUUUCAACAAGACCCAGUGGAGAGACCAUCAGAGAGGGAGAGGUUGCGUCAGGACUUUGGUGGUGAUGCAGCUCACUCUCAGGGCCAGUGCCUGAGCUCCAACUGCAUCGAGCAAAUCACAGACUGGAGCCUCUGCUCCCGCAGCUGUGGUCCAGGUGUCUCCACCCGCAGUUCAAACCAGAACUGGGCCUGCCGCCCGCAGACCCAGACCAUACUGUGCCAGGUCAGGCUAUGCCAGCCCACCGCCGUGCAGCGCAGCAGGUCGCAGGAGGUGAGUGGGAGCCAAGCCGCAUCUUCACCUUUCUUUACUUCAAACACUUUGCAAAUACUCUUACUGCUCAGACUGUCGGCUGUCGGCUUUGUUUUCGAGGUUGGUUCAGGUAGGAUGGAUUGCCACUCGAGAUGGAUGGACACAGUUUGUGCAUUAGAAACGGUUUGCUUUCCUUCUCGUACCUCACUUUUUGGCAAAUGGGAUGAAUUACUUGAUAUGGUUUACAUGUACCUGUACUUACAUUGACCAUCAAUUGAUCAUACAUCUAUGCCAUCAGAAUAAUUGUUGUCAAAAUAUUUCAUAGUUCAUAUUGAUCAAAUACAAGUUAAUGCAAGAUAUCAAUCAGAAUCAUUCACCGUUAUCAAUUGCUGUCUGAAGCCCACUAGGCUAUGUACAGCAUGUUUAUUGCAAAGAACGGGUGCCUGCGAGAGCAGCUAUAGGUCUCCUUUACCCAUUCGUCUGGAGCACCAGGGCUGUUUCAGCACGCGGGCCUAUAGAUCCCGGUUCUGUGGCCUACAGUGUCCAGACUGUACCGCACCAGGACUGUCCGCAUGGCCUUCGCUGCCCCCAGGGCAGGAUGAGCCACCAGCAGGUGAUGAUGAUUGAGUCCUGCUCCUGCCACCACUACAACUGUCCUCAGUCCCCACUCACAGCCUACAGAAGAGCCAUACCCUGGCUU